AGAACGGUCACACAGAACCAAAACCAAAACAACGUGCUGCGGAGUAAAAUAGUUUUUAUUUUAUUUUUCUGAUAAACAAAGGAUUUCAAAGAUGCCCCAGGGAAAAUUUAAGAAGGCAAAGAUGCCCGCUUCCAUACAGAAAAAGAAAAACCAAAAGCAAGCUGCCUUCACCCGCCGUUCAAAUGCCCCCAUCCAGGCGAAGAAGGCCAAGUUCAAUGAGACCCAGAAGAUUAAGUCCGUGAUCUCCAAGUCGGUCAACAAGAGUGUGGAGAGCGAACUGCGAUCCCGCGCCCACGAGGGAUACAUCCAGUUGAGCAAGGCGCAGGAGGCGGUGGCCAAGCACCACGCCUCCCAGGCGAAGGCGGCUGCGGCGGCCAGUACCGCCAAAGCCACAGAAUAGUUUACUUUACGCCUAAGCUCAUUGUUGAUAACCCAAGGACCUGCAUAUUUGAUAGUAAAACCUUUUUAAACUGA